CCCAGUGCCUCAUAGAUAAAGACCAUUAUCAGUGUCCCCAGCCUUCAUUCCCCCGACGUGGAUUCAUUGAUAUGAAUCACUCCACACAAUCUACCAUUGAUCUUGACAAUACUGUUGGCGAAGGCUGCAUCGAGCGAGACAACCACCCAUCACGCUCAACUCCCUCUAACCCCACGCACAUCUGCCCAAGCACGUGGAAGUGCCUACACCGUCCCGAGUCUGCGCGGUCAAAGUGCGCAUGACUCGUGGCACAACUCCGACAUUCCAGGUCUACCCUAUAGUCUGACCUCUUGUGCGGCCGCUUUCUAGAGGCAGUGACGCCUUCAUCCGACCUCGAUACUUGGGUAACUCUUCUUCAAUCUCGAGAACCCGCCUCCUCAACGCUUCUCUUUCCUGGUCAUGAGCACCGCUAGCCCGCGACCAACCUCGAACGCUCAAGAAACCUGGCACGGUCUAGACCAAUAUCAGAACAUGAACAGAGGCCAUUCAAGCAGUCUUUCCUCGGCUCAAAUGCCGCUGCCAAUGAUGCAAGGACCAAACAGAGCCCGCGCCGGCUUCGGGGCGAAUGGAGAAAAGGCGGUCCCAGUCCCAGGGUACGGAAAUGGGGUGGACAGAAAAAGUAGUAUAGGAGGGGGAACUCCGUUGUUCGAUAUGGCAAGAAGCCCUCCAAACACAUCAAACAAGAAUACCAAACAUGUCCCCUGCAAGUUCUUCAGACAAGGCGCGUGCCAGGCAGGGAAUGCCUGCCCGUUCUCCCACGCUCUCGAGUCCAUUAGCCAUCAAGCGCCUUGCAAAUACUUCAUGAAGGGCAACUGCAAAUUUGGCGCCAAAUGUGCUCUUGCUCACUACCUGCCUGAUGGACGGCGAGUCAAUCGAGCCGAUCUGGACGUUGGUUUAGCCAUGGGAAAUCGAAAUUACAACUACGCCAAUCGAGACCAACCUCCUUUCCCUUCUCAAGACCCAGCCCUGAAUGACUCGACGCUAAACCAAACACCUUACGGGCCGGACUACUUCCCGGGUCAAGCAUUCCCUCUCAUGGACAAUGACGAAGCAGAUGCAUUCCAAGACCGAUACAAUCAAUAUCAACCGCAUUCCGCACUCGACUCCGGCCUCAAUUCUCCUCCAACCUCACACUUUGGCUCGCCUCCGAACGACUACCAAUUCCCCAAAUCUCCAGUUGACAACCUACGAACCGCGCUCAACGCACCUCUCCCACAAUCGUUCGAUGCAAAUGGUAUCUCGCAUAUCGCAAAGUACGGACCUCUUGGACAGUCUGUGCCAGAUAAAUUUGGACUGCGUUCUCCUGCUUCAUCUUCUCUUUCAAGACGACUUGGGAGUCCUCCUGACUCCAUCGUCAAUGUUCGAAAUGCUAAUCUAGGUUCGAAUUUGCGGAACGCAUCGCCCAUGGCCAUGUCUCCGCAGAACACAGAAGAAUCCAUCAGUCAACGAAUAAUGCAUUCUCAGAGACCUAUCAAGACGAGGGGUCUAUCAGCCAGUGUCCCGCGUUCAAGCCUUUAUCAUGAGUGGGAGGAGAAUCUGGGGACGGAGACCGAUUUACUACCAAACAGCCUCCAUGAUGAGGUCCUGACACCACAGGAAAAGAUUAGACGAAUGUCUCGGCCGGAACAGGACAUUACCUCGAAAGAUAACACGCCCGGCCUCGCCAUACCAAGCGGAUCCUCCAGCAAGGUUGGAUCACCACCUGCUGGCAGUCCGUCGAGGUUUAGCGCAUUGUGGGCUGAGCAAAGAGAGAAAAAGGCAGCAGAGAACACCGCUCCUAGCAUCGGCCACGUGGGUUCACCCCUGCGCGGAUCAUGGAUGCCGCAAGAAUCUUCAAGGCCAGGCGUACAGAUUUCGGGGAUAUCUCAGGCCAUGGCAAGAAUCCAGCUGAGCCGGACUGACUCCGGCGAAUCAAACGGCGGUCGCAGUAGUGGACUUAGGCAUUCGUCUGCACCAAUUGGUCGAUUGGAUCGUGGUAUAUCCAGUCCGGGUCUGAGUUCAAAGAAGAUUGACGAAGAGGUCGAGGGUGUUUUCUUUCCCAUGGAUGGAGUCGACAAAACUUCCGGUUGGACUGGCCAAUCACCGAGACUUGCACCAGUUCAAGAGAGACCCAAUGGAGGGCUGCCAUCCAGCAAGAACGAUAAUAUGUGGGCUUUCCAAUCAUGAUCGAAAGGCGUUUUCAUGCACACACGAAGCUCAGAAACUGACGACUUACGAUACGGGGUCCAAAAUGUACAGCCUUCUACGUUUACAGCCGCCCUGGAUACACAUUGCUCGGCGUCCAAAGAGAAUAAAACUGCAUGCAUAUUAGCCUGGGAUCGGAGCCUUAUUCAGCAUUGCAGGGCAGGAAUAAGAGAAGAUGAGUACAUGGGCAAUGCAAGGUUUGAGCCUAGUAAUUCUUUAUUAUCAGGCUGGGAAAUGUCCUAUGUCAUAGACAGACAGCUCAUGAGAUUUGAGAUUUGUUCAGCAUUGAUUCCUUCUCCUUCAGGUUCAUACUAGCGAGUCAUCAGGCGUAGCCGCCAGGUCAACCCAUAAGCUAUCUGUUCAUGCAAGGCUGACAUUGU